AUGCCUCGCAAUGGCUCGGCGACGGGCCCGAAACCGACCGGAGUGCCGGGCAUCCUGGCUCGAUUCUAUCAGCGCUCCUAUCCAGCGGUCGACUAUGUCGCUCUGGCAUGCUUAGCGGGGAUUUGGGUUAUGAUCCAACUCUUCGUCGACCCGUUUCAUCGCAUGUUCUCUCUUGACAACCGAUCAAUCCAAUAUCCUUUCGCCGUAGUGGAAAGAGUACCCGUGUUGUGGUCUAUCAUAUACGCAGGACUGAUUCCGCUUCUGGUCAUCAUCUGCUGGGCUGCUGUCUUUCGGCCUAAGCCUUAUCAAGUCCAACUGACCGUAUUGGGCCUGCUCGUCGCUCUCAUGCUGACCUCGUUGAUCACGGAUAUUAUCAAGAAUGCGGUGGGAAGACCCCGCCCGGAUUUGGUUUCGCGCUGUGUGCCCAAGAAGGGCACUCCGGGCAAUGCGCUGGUCGCAUGGACGGUCUGUACGCAAACAAAUAACCAUAUUCUCCAAGAGGGAUGGAGGAGCUUCCCAAGCGGACACAGCAGUUUCUCUUUUGCUGGACUCGGAUACUUAUCAAUGUUCUUUUCUGGCCAGAUGCAUGUCUUUCGCCCCAGGGCGGAUCUCUGGCGUUGCAUUCUGGCACUCAUUCCGAUGCUGGGUGCACUGAUGAUUGCGAUUUCACGACUGGAAGACUACAGACACGAUGUAUACGACGUGACCUGCGGCUCUCUUCUUGGCUUAGUCGUCGCCCAUUUUUCUUACCGACGUUACUAUCCUGCACUGCGAUCCGCUGCCUGUGAUACCCCGCAUGAUUUCACUGAUUCUCCUGGUCCGAAUGGAUUCUCUAAGCUCCCAGCUGAUGAGGAGCAACAGAUCCAUGGUCGCAGCUGGGAAGCCGAGACAUAUCCACUCGAGGAAUUACCACCCCAUAAUGGUCGGUAG